CGUACCACCAGCUCCUCCACCUCCACCUUGCAACUUGCACUUGCACGCAGCCAACACCUCUACCAUACUCCAUCUGUCUAUCACCCUCACCUAGCACCGCGACUGCUUGAGCGUUGUACCUUUGCGAGCAUACACAGGAGAAUCAUCGGACGCAACCGCGUCCAAUUCUCCCAUCGCCAAAUUCUCACAGUACAAUUGUCCUCUCUUCUGAGGUGGUGCAUCUCCUUGGACAGCGGAAUCGUAUCCCAAGCUCCUCCUGGUCUAUUUCCCCACCGCUAUCGCUCUCUCCAGGUCGAGCAUGACUUAGUCACGACCAAUCGAAAUAGACAGCCUAUACAAUACUGCAGCGCCCACAUCAGCCCGACCGCGUUUCGCAUCUGAGUACGGGGCGCCCGUCGCGUUGUCACGAUGGGCUGCACAGGAUCCAAGAUAGAUCCGCGGGAAAAGGAGGCCUCACAACAAAAUGCGAAGAUUGAACGUCAGUUACGUGCAGAUAGAAGAAUGGAAUCUCGGACAGUCAAGAUCCUACUGCUAGGUGCCGGUGAAUCCGGAAAAUCGACAAUCAUCAAGCAGAUGCGCAUUAUCCAUUCUAGUGGAUUCCAGGAUGACGAGCGCGUCCAGGUGAAGGCCGUCAUAUUUUCCAAUGUCGUUAUCGCAUUCCGCGUUUUGUACGAGAUCAUGCAAGAUGAAGGGAUUGACUUUGCGGAUGAGCGCAACGAAGCUUACGCCGAAUACCUAGAGAAUAUUAACGCUGACGUCGAUGCGCAUGAAGCAUUCCGGGACAAGAGAGUCAAGGAGGCCAUGAUUGCGCUCUGGAAGGAUGCCGGCGUACAGAAGGCCGUUGCAAAAGGCCACGAGUUCGCGCUUCACGACAAUCUGACCUUUUACUUUGAGAACAUCAAUCGCAUGUUUGAGCCCGACUGGCUGCCGAACGACCAAGAUAUGCUCCACGCCAGACUCAGAACGACCGGCAUUACCGAGACCGUCUUCGAGCUCCAGCAGCUGACCUUCCGCAUGAUGGAUGUGGGAGGACAAAGGUCGGAACGUAAGAAAUGGAUUCACUGCUUCGAAGGUGUGCAGUGCCUGCUUUUUAUGGCCGCCUUGUCUGGAUACGACCAGUGCCUCGUGGAGGACGUCAAUGCCAAUCAGAUGCACGAGGCUCUGAUGCUGUUCGAAUCAUUGGUCAACGGAGAGUGGUUCAAGGAUAAGCCCAUUAUCUUGUUCCUCAACAAAAUAGAUCUCUUCCGCGAGAAGCUACCCAUAUCACCACUUUCAGCCCAUUUUCCCGACUAUACUGGCAAAGACGGCGACGAAGAGGCUGCCAAGCAAUUCUUUGCAAACAAGUUCCGAUCCAUCAACCGCAACUCCAACCGCGAAAUCUAUAUUCAUUUCACCAAUGCAACUGAUACGAAUCUCCUCAAGAAGACCAUGGAAGACGUGCAGGAUAUUUUGAUUCAGAAGAACCUUCAACGACUUGUUUUGUAAUGAGGCAGAGCCAAAAGUUUCCGGGGCUGUGAGCCCUCCGCGUAUCUUUCGAUUUCGAUGGCGCAGUACAACACAGAAUCAAGCACGGUCUUCUGGUCGGAUCAAGUCGGGAUAAGUUAGUGUCGGCUCGACAUUUGUUGCAUUUUCCACGGUGGUGAGGUUUGCAAGACACGGGCAUAUUCUAACCAUCAAAAAGGAGGCAAUACUAUCUUCCGUUUCAUUCUCGCAGCGUUGGCGUAUAGGAAAUACUUUUCGGUCAGCAAACCAUUUGUUUCGGUCCACCAAAAAACUUCGACACGAUCGAUCAGCGAUCGAUGUGAAUAGGGAGGUUUUCACAACGACUAUAGACGUGAGGGUGAAGGAAGCGUGGGCUCUGAUCUGCCGGACAGACCAAGCAUGCCGUCUGGGCGGCACUGCAGGUCAAUCCAUUCAGGCAGCUGCAACUCUCUAAAGGCAUUGUUGGGACUGAGGGUGAGCGGCCCAGUACAAGCGCCCCCAAUGCGUCUGGCUGACGGCUUGUGUAAGAGGGGUCAUGGAAACAGGAGAUGUCUGGAAAUGCAUUCAUGGAUAGAAUGUAAGAGACGGCACUUGGGGGCUUCAUCAGGACGAGCUAGAGCAGACGAGGCGCCACACCCUUAUGCUAUGGACUUCCCUUUCCGCAGGAUUGAUUGCACUCCUUUUGUUCGGUCUAGGUGUUGAUGUUGCGGAUGGCAGUGGCUGCCGUAUUGCGAGCUGAACAGGUUAAUGACAUUCACUCUCACUGUGGUUGCCAACCAUUCAUUCCAUG